AUGCCAAAGAAAUAUCUUUCAAGACAUACGGUGCCUUUGAGAGUUCCUUUGAGUCGAAGAGUACAAUCUUUGAAAAGUUUUCGAAGGGGCUCGGCAACUUACAAUAAAUCAAAAAGAAGAAACGGAUAUUUCAGGAUGGAUAAUACGAUUGCACAACAAGAUAAUGUUGAUAAAGAUCAGGAUCUAAAGCAAGGGGAAGAGGAUCUUUCAUUUAUUGAGAUUUCAAAUCAAGAACAAAUCGAUUUGCAACUUAGUGAAGAAGAAACAAGCAACCAUAAUGAGGAAAAUAAUGUGGCUACUUCUGUUGGACAAAGUAAUGGUGCGACCAUUAAAGAAUCAGCGCCAGUGAAAUUGAAUCGUAAUAAUUACAAAAAUAAUAUGCAAACCACUCAAACUACUGGAACUGGUACUUCGCCACCUUCUACUUCCCAAAUUUUACAACCUAAAAAUAUAGAAAUUAGAGGUACUACACCAGUUGACACUCCUCCACCACAGUCAUCGCUUCAUAAUAACGGUGGAAUUGCUUCGGUUACAAAUAGAUAUGGUAUUCCUAUCAGUAAAACGCGUAUUUUCGUUGGGGAUCUUUCUUGGAAACUUUCCGAAAAACAACUCAAAGAUGAAUUUGGACGUUUUGGAACUGUAACUGAAGUUAUUGUAAUUAAAGAUAGGAAUACUGGCUUAAGCAAAGGUUAUGGUUUUGUUACUUUUGAGGAAAAACAUGCUGCUUCUGAAGCGAUUAAAAUUAUGAAUGGUCAACAUAUUGAUGGUCGACCUAUACGAGUUGAGGCUGCAGAAGAACGUCCAUUGGAUGAACGUUAUGAUAAACAAAAGGACCAAACCCAAGAAUUUAGGAGAAUAAUUGAUUAUGGCAGAAAAGAUUAUUAUAGGAGAGAAAGAGAUAAUUUAAUCAGAAAUGAUUCCGAAUAUAGGCGAGAAAACGAUAAUGGAAUGGAAAAAAGAGGUCGUGAUGAUGAACGGAGGGAAUACGAAGUUGAAUAUCGGAGAAGAGAUAUUGAAUAUUACAGGAGAGAUGGAGAUUUUGAACGUCGAGCAAUGGAUACUGGAAUUAAGAGAGAAAGAAGAAAGCAUUCAUUAGAUUCUAUUGAACCCAAUCUUUUUUCUCCCAAAGGACAAUCGAAUAGAAAUUUUGUUCGAAUCAAAGAGCAAGAAUAUGUACGAGACCGUGAGUAUGAACGGCCACAUGAUCGUAAUGCCAAUAUUGUUCAAGAUGACAAAGAUGAAAAGAAUAAGAAUCCAAAUCCGAUUCAUGAUCAUCAUGAUCAUAAUACUCCGUUUUAUCAAACUAAUCCGUCAGACAGGAAUGCCGAUCCUCUGUAUAAUAGAGGAUCAAGAUUUAUGGAAAAAGGAAAGGAUAAAAAUGCUAGUAGUCGCAAGAGAGCACGAUCUAACAGCGUUAACCCGGAUGACUCGUAUUAUUCAAGAUCAUCUGACAUCAUGCAUCCUGAACCUUCACAAGCUACUUGGCAAUCUUCUUCGAGAAUGCUUAGAAAAGAUUAUUUCAUUGAUGGACAAUCACAGGAUUUUGUGCGUAAACGAGAUCGAAUUCGUGAAAGGGAAAGGUACAGAGAAUUUGAUCGUGAGAGUGCACCGCGAUUUUUAGAUAGAACUCGUGAAAGACAACGCAUUAUAGAUAAGGAUAGAGAAAUCGAAAGAGUACGAAAAGAGAGAUUUGAAAGGGAAAGAGAUUUUAAAAUCAUGGAAAGAGAAAGAGAAUUACGUGAAAGGGAACGGGAGUUAGUGCGACCACGGAACCACCCACGAUAUUAUGAAUCUGAAAGGGAACCGCAUCGUUUUCGACCCCCUUAUUAUGAAUACGGCAGAGACGUUAGGCCACCAUAUUAUGAUUUUAACAGAGAAACAGAUUUUAGAGACAGAGAACAUGAUCUUAUGAAUUAUAGGGAAACCAAUCGUGAUUCGUACUAUCCUCGUCCGUCACCACCACCUGGAAAUUUAACACCAUACAGGGUUAACGUUAAACCAUAUUAUUAUGAACAACCUGAUCAUGAUUUUGAUAAUCGGCGUGAUAAUUACGGGCAUCAUUAUAAUGAUAUUGAUCAUUAUGCACCAGAGAUCCAUACAAAUACUUCCGGUAUUAAGCAUUAUAAAGAAAACCCCGGAGCAGCUGGUGGAGGUGGAACAAACAAUGAAGUAUAUCAGCGUGGUCGUCCAAAAUCAAGACAUUGGGAAAUAAAUGCAGAAAAAGAAAGAGGGGCAAAGAAACCCCAAAUCAAUCUUAAUAGUGUUUCUACAGUGGAUUUUGAUCGUGCUCGGACGCGUGAGAGACGCAACAGACAAUGGGAAAUCACUGAUGACAAGAGUAGAGAAACUGAUCCAAGUCAAAAUGAUAAUGUUAUGUCUACUAGUGAUCAAGACAGAUCUCAUGAUCAUGGACACAAUGAAAGUCGAAAUAGCUGGGAUGCAAAUGAAGAAAAAUCCAGAGAAAUCAAAGAUGAGCACAAUAAUGAUAGUUUAGACGCAACUUCAGCAUAUGAUCUUCAAGUUACUCGAGAAAGGACUGCUGAUAAUUAUUGGGACAUGAAUGAGGAAAAAAAUGUGGAGCAGCACGAAGACAACUCUACAAUGAACCGUAGAGAUAAUAGUAAAGAUAACAAAGAACGAGAAGAAUUUGAUCCAGGCUCGUAA